GUGGGUGAAGCAGUCCUUGAAAAUGCUCGUCUUAUGCUGCACACCGAGAACAUUCAAGCCUGUGCUGAAGAUUUUAAAGACCGGUAUGAAAAUGAGCAGCCAUUCAGAAAAGCAGUGGAAGAUGAAAUUAAUUCCCUAUAUAAAGUGAUUGAUGAUGCUAAUUUAACUAAAAUAGAUCUGGAGAGUCAGAUAGAGAGCAUGAAAGAAGAACUAACUUUGCUGUCAAAGAAUCACGAAGAAGAUGUGAAGGUGUUAUACAAGCAGCUUGCUGGAUCUCAGCUGGAAGAACUUGAUGUUCCCCCGGGAAGUGGCCUGGACGACAUACUGGAAAAAAUCAGAAUCCACUGGGAAAGAGACAUUGAAAAGAACCGUGCUGAGACAGGUGCCCUGCUCCGUACCAAGCAACAGGUUGAAACGACGGCUGCUGUGCGAACCCAGGAGGAAGAGCUGGUGGAGGGCCUCAGAACCGAGUUCCAUGAAACAGCCUGCAAAAUACAGAGCUUGCAAGCAGAAACUGAAUCUUUGAGAACCUUGAAAAGGGGUCUGGAGAACUCUUUAUACGAUGCCAAGCACUGGCACGACAUCGAACUGCAGAACCUAGGCUCUGUCAUUUCCAAGCUGGAGGCAGAGAUGGGAGAAAUCAAAGUAGAAACCGAGCAGCAGCAGCGGGAUCGUGAAAGUCUGCUCACCAGCAAACAACAGCUGGAGAAAGACAUUGCUGCGUAUCACUGCCUUCUGGAUGGAGAACAAAGCAG